AUGUCGAACUAUCUGCCUCUCUAUGCGGCCAUGUCGGUGUUGAUGGUCGACGCCGUCAUCGAGGUCGCCUUUGUUGGAUCUAUGGUUGGCUUUCUCCACGACCGAGCAGGAAAGUUUUUCACCAUCAACGCGCCUAACGGGGCCUUCGACCUGCACGGCAAGCCCGUGGGACUUCUCGCCGACCAGGGUCACACCAGCAAUGGCGCGGCCGGAACCGCUCUCGUACUCGUCGGUUGGUUGGGACUUCUCACGAUUUGGUACGAGAAGAGACGAGCCAGGAAGACACAAACAACAAGCCACUCCGGCAUCUUCAUCUUCUGGGUCGUGAUGACCGUUCUCUCAGCGAUGCUUACGCUGGCCGCGCUGAUCUACACCUUCGUCCUCACUGCCCAAACCGACGAUCAGAGCAUCAACCUGACAGUCGCCGCCGCGAAUGCCGAGCCCCUAAUGUAUCCGCUCGACAAGUGGACGCCCGAGAACUGGUUUGUCGCGGUGCUGGCCCUGCCGCUUGCGCACGACAGCGAUCGGUCCAAAAUCAGCAACAACCUGCGCCUGAUGAGAGGCUGGCGAUGGAACCUCAUCCCCUUGUUCAUCCUGGGGCUCGUUGUCGCCUCGUUGGCCGUGUGGGAACUGGUCUCCAGCCGGAGAUGGAGACAGGGUGACUCCAAGGAGAAGUUCCGAGGUUCGACCCAAACCUAG